AAGUCAGCGAUUACGGUGCGACGUUUUGUGUUUCCGCAUAGUUCGCGAACCAGAUCGUUUCGCUCACUCUACGGGAUAGAUUCCGUUUCUGUCUCCGUCCCUGGAUCCAUUCUGGAUCUAGCAUUAGAUGGUAGCAGAGCCGACAGCGGUUCUCUGAUUUUAAUUGAUCUGAUUUGAUUUGACUGGUAUCAGGCAAAGUUGGCCUGUUAUUUGACGUGUUCACCGUGACCAGUAAGGCACAGGUCUGUCCACAAGCAAAGCGCAACACCACAAGCGGUGCAAUUUUCCCCCAUCGGACGUGGAUUACCAGCUUCGGUUUUUGGUACGGUAUCUUCAGCGAAGAACCGUGCUGUUUCCUUAGCUGUGCAAGAGUUCAAGAGUUUCAGUCGUCAGUGUUCCUCGGUGUAGAGUCUUCAGCGAAGACCUACACUGGUGUCACUGAUACUCGGCAAGGCUUCAGCGAAGCCUAAGCCGUGGGCCACAAGCGGCGAAGCGCCAAAAGGGGCGCACGGGAAAAGACCAGAUCAGACUCCUCCAAACUGGAGUAGAGCACUACUACUGUUGCUACGGCAGUCAGCCGGCACAGUAGCAGACUAAAAGCGUGCGGCACAACCGCUACGGAAAAGCGGCAACGCAGGAGCGGAUUGUGGAGAAGAAAUUGGAUCAUUUGGAUCAUUUUCCCGUGGAACGGACGGUCAACAGAUUUCAAACGAAGAAAAUGGCACAAAAGGUCAAGCCACUCCUAAAAGUUCAGGAACGGCAUCGGAGAUAAACAGAUCUACGGGCUAUAACUCCAAGUGUCCGGACUGUUUACGGAAUAACAGAAAGGUCGACAAGAAGUUCCCGUGCUACACAUGCGUUCACAAGCGCUUAGAGGAUUUAGACGAGAUGACGUGUUUACACGACCCCGUUCGCCUCCGCAGAGAGAAAGGUCACGCGGACAUUCACGCGAACACGAACGGACUUCUGAAAGACGAAGCGAAAGGUCACGCGAACGUUCUCACGACAGAGAUUACCGUGGCGGAAGAGGAUGGGUGCGCCAUGGAAACGAGAUAACCGAGACAAGUAUUCAGCGGAAAAUCGAUACGGCAAAGAUUUUGGCCGCGACAAGAGGACGCGAAGAGCAACGGCGUGCGGAGACAUACCGUACAGAGCCUGAAAAGAAAGGUCAUCAGGUGCCGUUGGAAGUUGGAUUCCGCAACCGCAAUGUUCGAAUGUCAACACCGGAAAGGUCAUGGGAUAAAAGACGUGAACAUACCCGGAAUCGAACGCCAGACCCACAAGAUAAGCGAUGGCAGGAAAGAGCCAGGUAUUAUGCGGGUUUUGAGUCUGGCGCAAGUAAAAGGUCAUCGAGCGCAGAAAGGGAAGAUUCACCCCCAAAGUAUCAAAGAAUGGAGUCCACGAUCCAUGUGGUGAAUCCCAUCGUGAGUGCGGCACAAGAAGACGACCCGAUGGAAGGGGCCAGCUCAGUUGCGGAUUUGACGCCCCAAGAUAACGCGACCCAUCGACGGAACGUAAUUCUGGAUAGCGACCUUCAACCGGCUACACCGGCGAGUAAUGAACCGCCGCAGUUAGAACCUGGAAAACAAAGCGCACAAGAAAGUCUGCGCGAGCCGGAUGAACGCGAUCGGCGAACGACUUCCAGAUUCAAUAACCGACACCCCGACACAAUCGACAUGAUAUACGAUAUGCGCGACACCGACGAACAAAAGACGGAAAUUUGCCGAUACAAGGGAAUUGACGAUGAUUCGGCGGAGGCGAAUAAGAUUCACACGAUUCUGAAUCAGCUUCGCCAGUUUUUACUCGAUUCUGGGUACGCGAGAGAGAUUAAGAGGGGAGUGGAAGAAGGAACUUUUCGUCGACUAUACAUUCCUCGUGACUCUGCGCGAGAUUGUUAUCUCCCCAUCCGACGAAAUGGAUUACACAGUUUGCUGGAUUUGAGCCUAUUGGACGUGCCAUUGGACACGACUGACCCAGUCGGGAUGACACAAUUUUAUUACACAGACUAUGAUGAACGACAGGAAUAUGCGGCUCAGUUCGUCUUACGACACGUAAAUCCGGCCUUCAAGUUGCUUGCAGCUAGAGCAUCGAUCGGAUUACAGGUGGAUCCCACAGACCAUGCCGCAAAAAGGAUGGGGCAGAAGGUCUUCGCUGCGAGAUUGGCACACUAUAAAACACAGAACCAAUUGGUUUCUAACACCAUGAAGGAUGAUAUUCCACCGCUCUUCCGACCUCAUGUGGCGAAACUGGGAGAGCCUAUGGAACAUGUCGGAAUAGCCCACACGGCUCGCAAGGCGUUGAAGAAGUGUAAGACAAGAAGGGAAAAGGGUAAUCUUACACAGCGCCAUGCCUUCCAAGUUGAAGAAAGGAUUAACCGGAUCAAGGAUACUAUGGGAAGCGACUACGUCGAACCUGUGGACGGAGUAGACGUCUACAUUAAUGAGUUUUUGGUGAACAAAGGCGACCGACGCCCAGAACGCGCUCCUAACCAGAUAGAACGACGCGGUCUAAGAAACCAGCAACUCCGCGAUAAUCUCGCUGAUGUGCAACGGCGAUUGGCGGAUGACCCUAACAACCGGAGACUGCGGUUGGAAGAGAAUGACGCACGCCAUCGGGUAGAGGCGGUCAAAAGAAGUCGCCAAGGGAAAGGUCGCGGUCAGCGAGAAGUUGACCCGGAAAAGGUCAUGGCAGUUGGUCCCACGGAACCAGUUGACCGAACGUCUGACCGAAAUCAACCAGAAAGUGCCAAGAAACGCCCGCCAAGAGAUGGCGAGGACGAUUCAAAUGAAAUGGGAUAGUGCUGAUCGCUAGGAUCACACUAUUAAAAGGGCGUCUACGGCAUAUGUCGGUACGUCACAAAAAUGAAAUAUGGUGUGGUAUAUAAGGGCGACAUGACAUAUUACCAUAAACUGUAUUUGUGUAUUUGUUGUUUUCAGCAUUUAUAGCACAGAACCGCAAAGGAUAAAGAAAUCAUGUGGAGCAGCGAUUGGGGUUGAAAUUGAUUCGGUCCAUAAAGCCGGCCCCAAGGGAGUAGCUACGGCAGUUAGCCGGCCCUCCUCCUUAAGCGAUUCAGUGUUAUAAAUUGGCAAGAGAAACUACGGUAAUUAAGCCGGAUCUCUUGAAUACGAAAGUGGGCCACAAGCGGCGAAAAAGAGAAAGACAACAGGUGGAAAUAUUAAUGAGGUAAAUUUGAUGCGGCAGCCAGCCGGCCUCAUUAGAGUUGCUACGGUAAACUAUGCCGGCAAUCCCUCCGAGCGAUUCAGUGUUGAAAAUUAACGAGAGAAAUAGCGGUAACCAAGCCGGAUCUCUCGUACCGAAGCUGGGCCACAAGCGGCGAACAAGAGUUAAAGAUUUAAUGUGGAAGCGUCGUGGGGUAAAUUUAAUGCGGUAGUUAGCCGGCCCCAUCAGAGAUGCUACGGUAAACUUUGCCGGCACUCUGGCCGCUCGAGGCAUAUUGAAGUUGGAUGUGCGACGGAAAGGUCAAAGUGAAAGCCUUACCAGGGAGGCAAGCGAAGAAGUGCUUGAAAGUCGUUAAAAAUCGGCUGAGUUCCUCCACGACCUUUAAUGGAAGUUUUAAAUGAAGUCGGAUGACCUUUGGAAUUACUAAUGUCCAACCGAGUCACCGUACCGGAGUUCAAGUCGCAUGACCUUUUGGGACCAUUAACCCAUAAUGAGUCGCACAUCUCAACGGAUCAUCUUAACAAAGGAUGACCUUUACCAGGGAGGAAGCGAACUACGCUUGUCUACAUGACGUCCCUCCAUGACCUUUAUUGGAUCUCACUUUGAAGUCGUACAAUUGAUACGCACCAUAUCCCAAAGAUGAAGCAGUAUUCCUAAGUCGUACUUGAUACGCACCUGACUCUCAAGCGGAUUGUGAUUACAAGUCGCAUUACGGAUGCGCGGACUUGCUCAACAGAGCGGAAUGGGCCAAAGUGCGGAAAACGGUGGACAGGACCUGUGACCUUUACGAGUCAGAAAUGGAGGAUCCUAGUCUACAUUUGAUUAAUACUUUUGUUGAUCUUUUUAACUGUUGAUCUGUUUUGUAUUAGAAUUGCUAUGGAAUAGUAUUUUUAUAAAUGGAUCUCUUUAUUCACAUCGUAUUAAAUGGAAUUGUGCCUUAUGGAAUUGAUGUGAUAAAUGGAAUAAGAGAAUUUGAUGUUUUCGAGCACGCAUAGACACCGGCGACCGUCGUUUUUCGUGGAUUUGGGAGUGUGUCCAGCCUCAACGGAGCUCGGCAUCCCCCCAGAGGCAUGUGAGACGAGGGCUCACUAGCGUUCACGCCUGUGGCGCUAGGCGCUACGCCGAUGGAUUACGGUCUGUGUUGUGUCUCGCUCUGAUUGGCUUGAGUUGUGUAGUGGGCGCGGCAUAGCACGUGCUGCACAGUGAUGCACACUGUAG